UUGAACGUCGUUAUCUACCGAACUGCCAUACCCGAGUUAAGUAGUGUCUUAAAUCUGCGGUAUCGAUAGAGUACCCGUUCAGUUUGUUUCCAAACUGAUUAGUGAACAGUGCCGUGUCCGCGAUGAAGCUGUUAAUUAUUGGAUAUUUUCUGAGUGUAGUCUUGACCAGCGGCGUUAGGGCAAAAGGUCCUAUUGUCGAGGUGGCGUCCGCUUCAGAACAGCUAGACCUGAACACACGUGAACUCGAUACGUCGUUCUUCCUGCCACGGAACAAGACCAUUCCAUAUCAUUAUUUCAUCCAUUUGAAGUCGCACGUGCAAAACAAUGAUCCUGUUUUCGAAGGAACGGUGGACAUCUACUUCGAAGUGGUCGAACCAACGAAGGAUAUUGUGAUGCACCUUCAGGAAUUAGAUAUAGUUUCUACGGAACUGAGUCGUAUCCCAAAUGGGCUGGGAGUUCCCGUGAAGAUUGACAACCCGCAGUACAGCAUCGAUACGAAAACGGAGUUAGUGACCUUCACCAGUCAAGCAGAUCUUCCACUGGGCAAGUACAUCCUCAAUGUAGCCUACACGGGAACAAUGCGCCGUUACCAAAGCGGUUUCUUCAUUUCGUCGUAUCGUGACGAGUCUAACAAGGUGCACUACGUGGGAUCGUCGCACUUCCAGGCAACGCUGGCCAGACGUGUGUUCCCGUGUUUCGACGAACCGGAUCUGAAAGCCACCUUCAAGCUCUGGAUCACACAUCACGGCACGUAUAAUGCAGUGGCCAACACCUACGUUGACACGAUUUAUGCAGAUUCGGAGGAUCCUGAGUACCGAGUAACGCAGUUCAGAACGACGCCGCGGAUGUCCACCUAUCUGCUAGCGUUUGCCGUAACGGAUUUCGUGGCCAAAACGGAUAAUAGACAACAGGUUCUAGUGCGUCCUGAGGCAUUUGGACAAGUUGACGUUACCUUAACGGCUGGAUCGAAAAUCAUUGCAGCGAUGGAUGCCCAUACCGGUGUUGCGUACCACGACUACAUGGAUAAGCUCUCGCAUAUUGCCGUUCCGGAUCGAGGAACUGGCGCUAUGGAAAACUGGGGUUUGGUCACCUACGGGGAACCGUCAAUGCUAUUUGACCCGGCAGUAAACAGCUAUCGCACCUAUAAACGAGUGAUUACGGUUGUUGCCCACGAGCUUGCUCAUCAGUGGUUCGGUAAUUUGGUCAGCCCUCGGUGGUGGGAGUAUAUCUGGCUGAACGAAGGUUUCGCAACGCUGUACGAAUACUAUGCAACAACGUUGGCCUAUCCGGAAUUGGACUAUUGGGAGCUGUUCAACGUGGAGGUUAUCCAGCGAGCGCUGAGUCAGGAUGCCAGGGAAAGUACUCGCGCCAUGAACACCCCUGCGGCAUCGCAGGAUGAAGUUCAUGCCCUGUUCGACAUCAUUGCCUACCAGAAGUCUGGAAGUGUUUUAAAUAUGUUCCGGACGGUUCUUGGCGAUGAAAACUGGAUGGAGGCGUUGAAUAUUUAUAUCGAAGAUAGAAAGCUUGAUAGCGCAACUCCUGAAGACUUGUACGAUGCUCUACAAAAAGCCAUUGCUGGAAAGAGAGUCAUCCCGGCCUCGACCACUGUAAAGCAACUUAUGGAGUCGUGGACUGACGCAGCAGGGUAUCCCGUCUUGAAUAUUCGUCGAAACUACAAAUCCGGGCAGAUACUUAUGUCCCAAGAGCAGUUCCUAGCAGAUAAAUGGCUUCCGAACAAUCACGUUUGGAAUAUUCCGUACAACUACAUAGAUCGAAACAUUCGAGAAACUGCCGACGGAUCGGACUACCAAUGGUUAACGACCAAAACUGCUGUCCUCGAAACGGAAACUCCAAACGAUCAGUGGAUCAUCUUCAAUCGUGAGCAGUUUGGAUACUACCGCGUCAACUACGAUCAACGAAACUGGGAGCUGAUCAUUGACGCACUACUGACCAAUCCCUUGGCCAUUCAUCGCGCCAAUCGAGCCCAACUCAUUGACGAUGCCUUCAACCUAGCUCGGUCGGAGCGAUUGGACAUGGUCCUCGCUUUGAAACUUCUCACCUAUCUGCGUCUCGAAACCGAGUACGCCCCAUGGGCUGCCGCGAACAACGCCUUGAACUACCUCUACAGCAAACUCCAAGGCACAGUACAUUAUCCAGGCUUCGUAAACUUCGUUAGUGAAAUCGUUUCCGACGUUUACAAAACGCUCGAAGUGGAUAAGGUUUCAACCGAUGAGCCCACACUCCACAAGUAUCUGAAGCAAACGAUAACCGGUUGGGCUUGCCGCGUAGGAAACCAGGACUGCCUGGACAAAACAUACGACGCUUUGAAGCGUGAAUUCAACGAGGCAGUUGCCGUUCACCCGGAUGUUGCAUCCGUUGUGUACUGCCACGGUCUACGGGAAGGAACAUAUCGCGAACUAUCCUACCUAGUUCCGAAGAUGAUCGAAUCGAUAAAUCAGGCUCAGCGUACGGAAAUCAUUACAGCUUUGGGAUGUACCAAGGACACCCAGAGUAUUACAUCGCUAUUGGCCAUAAUCAACCUGCCAACCGUAAACUACUUGUCUACGGAAAAGAGCCAGAUUGUUGACGCAAUUGUGGCUGGUACCAGUUCUGAAGGCUUGGCCGUGCUGGUGCAAUACCUGAUGACGGUCAAUAAUGCGAGGGCACUGAUCAGCGCAAUCGGCGAAGGAUCCUUCCGGAACGUGCUUUUGAACAUAGCUUCGCGUUCAAACAACGCCUCCGAACAGCAGAGGCUGCAACAGGUGCUAACGGUUUUGUCGGAUUUGAUUCCGAAAGAAACGGUAGACGAUGCGCUGGGCAGAAUUAAGGCCAACGUCGAUUGGUUCACCAGCUUGGAAGGAUUGGUGACAAUUGAGUUCUUCGAUAAGUAUUACAGUAAUGCUGUGCCUGUAGGUCGUGCGUGAUUGGUAAUAAAGUGAUGAGUAUGACUUCCCACAUUGUGUUGUCAUUGUGCA